AUGGCGCAAUUGAAAGAAAAAAAACAGUCUAGUUGGCAUCACUGCCGACAUCACCAACAUCAACAACCACAACAAAUUUUCAUUCCGCGCUUUUCAAUCGAACUACCGGACACCGUGCCAGCAGCAACCUCUCCGGAUCGCCGAACGGCAAUCGGCAACUGUUUCCAGGAGAAACAGGAAAUCGAACACCAGCAAUGUACCAACAGCAAAACGCCUAUUCGUUGGAGGAGGAGAGAAAAAGUCAUGCUGAGAGAAGCCAUCCUAACAUUUGGAUCGGGAGCUACGCCAACGUUCGGGCACGGCACGGACACGGAUGGUAUGUACGAAAGACCUCCUCCUAAACACGAACGAGGAAUAGGAACCAGAAAAUAAAUCCUUCAGUCGGAAGGGGCCGGUUCUGAAUGGGUCCCCGCCACUCCAGGAGGAUCCCUUUUCCAUUUGACCACUGUGAACUCGCCCAGUGAUGAUUGGUGAUCGAGUUGAUGCUUAUUAUGUCUAUAAGUGUGUUAUAGAAGUGAAUAAAAGUAGGUAUAUCAUGUAGAAAUGAAUAAAAUGAAUAUAAAAUCUAAAAA